UAAAAGACAAGUUCCUGGGCAUUUUUGUGACCUUUUAUCUUGUCAAGGUUCGUUUGCUGUCUGUUAUAAAGAAAAGCUGCAAUGGCUUCGUUGUCUUUAAACUCGCUGAAGCAGGUCUUGCGGGCCAUGGUGGACAGUCCUGGGUUUGACCGCGUUUUGAAAAAGGUUGAAAUCGUGUCAGCUAGUCCUGGUAAGGUGGUCUGCGAGAUGAAGGUGGCAGAGGAGCACACAAACCGAUUAGGGACGCUGCACGGAGGCCUGACUGCCACUCUGGUUGAUGUUAUUUCCACAACUGCCAUUAUGUACAGCGAGAGAGGCGCCCCGGGAGUUAGUGUUGACAUGAACAUCACGUACAUGAACGCAGCCAAACUUGGUGAAGACGUCUUGAUCACCGCCCAGGUUUUAAAGGAAGGAAGAACUCUGGCAUUCGCUACUGUGGAUCUCAUAAACAAAACUACCGGAAAAAUAAUCGCUCAGGGACGGCACACAAAGCACCUUGGCAGCUGAUGGACCUUGCACAAAGGUCAUAAAAAACAAUGGAACUCGUGUAAAGUUAUGCUGCACAUAUGUAAAGUAUAAUAAAAGCACCAGCACAAGAUUUCUUUGUUUGGACUGUAUUGGGAUAUGUUUAGCAGUGUUGUUGAACAGAAUGAGCAAGUCAUGAACAUAGCAAACGCCUUUCAGAGGAACCCAUGAGAUUUACAGUGGAAGGGAUGGUUAGAUUUAUGCUUUAUUAUCCAACAAAGUUGGCUUACAGAUACCACGGUCCAAGCUCUGAGAUUCUAAGUACUCAUAAAGGGGGUUGUCAAAGAAGCAAACAAAGUUUAAUGAUGCAUUUCAAUUUUCCACAAAAUUAUUUUGUUAGGUACAUGAACUUAAGCAUUAGUUUCCCCGCUGAAUAUCCA